GUGGAAAACAUGGAACACGACGUGGCUAUCCGCACACAAGUGAACGAAACCAUCAUAUUACUUGCAGUGCAAUGCAUACGCAAUAUACUUUUAACAAAAAAGAAAAAAAGAAGGAAUAGGACGAUUUGGGUCCGUGAUUGGAUAAAUAGAAGAGAAAAUCUUGGAGCCAGUACUCGUUUGUUGGUCGAAAUGCGAGCAGAAGAUAGUGAGGAGUGAGGGUGAUCAAAAUCAUUUACGUAUGCUUCCGCAUCAGUUUGACGAGUUACUCUCUAAAAUUGAAAAUGCUAUACAAAAACAAGAUACACAUACGCGAAAUGCUAUUCCAGCUAAAAUCAAAUUGGAAGUUACACUGAGAUACCUUGCAGCUGGAGAUUCCAUGUACACAUUAGAAGCACUUCACAGGGUUGCGAGAUCUACCAUAGCUCAAUUUAUACCAGAAGUUUGUGAUGAAAUAUACAGGGCUCUGAAGGAUUAUAUGCGGGACGAUAAUCCUGUCAUGCACCCUGGCGCUGUCCAGCCUACACGACAUCGGAGGCGGACCAAUCUGGCCGCUGGUAGCGGAACUGGGCGGAGGGAUUAUAACGGAACCGUCCGAAGUAGGCGGAACUACGACAACGGAAGAUCCCGAAGUCUCCACGACACCUGCGCCCGGCAAGCCCCCGCACUGCGCGCGCCUCCUGUGGUGGCUUGUGGCCGGGUAUUUGGGCCUGUUGGUCGCCUCUAUGCUGUUGGAAGCCAUGGUGUGCAUGGUCGCAAUUCGUGGCAGCGUGCUGGAGACCAGCAAGAGGGCUGCCAUGCAGUACAUACUCUACCUCAGAUUAACUGUGAUGCUUGUCGAAGCCGGGUGGCUGUCAUUGGGCAUUGCCUGGCUUGUAAAAUAUUAUUUAGUUUGCCCUGUAGAUAACGCUAAAGAAAUUGUUUUAGGUGUGGUGAUAUUCAACUGGUGCAUCCUUCUGUCAGUGAUAAUAACAGUAUGGUGUACGUACGACUCAGCAGGAAGGUCAUGGGUGAAGAUGAAGAAAUACCAACGAUCGAUGCGGGAGUCGGAAUCCAAGUUUCAGUAUAAAAGGAAAGUAUUGCGAGCCUACCAAGACAGUUGGCAAAAUAGAUGCCGAUUCCUCUUCUGUUGUUCUACCGCCAGCGAUAGAAACAGAAACUCAUUCGCCGACAUCGCUCGUCUUCUGUCAGACUUCUUCAGGGACCUGGAUGUCGUACCGUCUGAUGUCAUCGUCGGUCUGGUGCUUCUCAGGAAGUUUCAGAAGAUUGAACAGAAAGCCAUUGUUGAACAGCGAAAGAACGACACUUACGAAUUCCUAUCCGGCGUAGCGAUAACUCCCAGGACCCAGUUCCUUGCCCUCCACGAAGAUGGUCCCGAUCUGGAACUCUUCCAAACAGUCAUACAUUUUGCUCAAUUUGCUGUUAGGGCUUAUGGUUGGCCCAUCUAUAUGAUGACUACUAGAAUGGGCAUGUGUCAUCUGUGCGCGGGUCUCAGUUGUUACUGUUGCAUACCUUGCAGAAAACCCAACGAUGUAGAUCCAGAGUUAGUCGAAGACAACUGCUGUCACUGCAACUAUGCAGCUUUGCAACGAUUGACAGCUUUGGGUGACAUCGAGAUUAUAUAUGCCACCUACCACGUUGAUGUGGGGCAAACACCGUUCUUUGUAGCGUUAGAUUACGAUAGAAAUAAAAUUGUGAUAAGCAUCAGAGGCACCUUGUCCAUGAAGGAUAUCUUAACGGAUCUGAACGCAGAGGGUGAGACGUUACCCUUAGACCCUCCUAGAGAUGAUUGGUUGGGUCAUAAGGGUAUGGUGCAAGCCGCUCAGUAUAUUUUAGAAAAGCUCGACGAAGAAAAGCUGAUUGAACGUGCUAAGGAGCACAGGCCUGAACGUGAUACUAGGAAUUUUGAUAUCGUGUGUGUAGGACAUUCUUUAGGUGCUGGAACAGCUAGUAUAUUAGGAAUUCUCUUGCGACAGCGACAUCAAAAUCUUGAGUGUUACUGUUAUUCUCCACCAGGGGGUUUGCUAUCAGCUCCAGCCGUCGAAUACACCAAAGAAUUCACUGUCUCUGUGGUGGUGGGUAAAGAUGUAGUUCCUAGAAUAGGAUUGUACCAAAUGGAAACUUUGAGGACUGAUUUAAUAAAUGCCAUAAAGAGGAGCGUGGAUCCGAAGUGGAAAACGAUAGCCUGUAGCGUGCUGUGCUGUGGUUGCUCCCAACCAACCUCCGCAGUGGAGCUAUCUACAGGAGAGAAAGAUGUCUGUGAAUACAUGAGAAGCAAAGAAAACGCUAGAUGUAUGGGUCUUCAUCCUUCCGAUAGCUCGAUAGCUCUGACUAGUCAUCAACCACUGUUUCCUCCUGGAAGAAUUAUCCAUAUUGUCCGACAUCAUCCUACAGUGGGACAACAAGCUCUGAACAAGAAGGACCCCGUUUACCAAGCUCUGUGGGCUGCCAACACGGACUUCGACGAGGUGUUGAUCUCUCCAGUAAUGAUUCAGGACCACAUGCCUGACAGACUCCUGGAAGCGCUCGAUAAGGUACUGAAUCACGCUAUGUUCGCUCACUACGAGAUGUCUCUGCCUCCGCACCGGUAUACCUUAGCUGAAGAUGCUGAUUAGACUAUGUGUCGCAUGACUGUGUUAUUGGUGUUUAGUGUUGUAGUUUUAUUUUAUUUUUUUUUUGCUUUGAGAUAGCCAAACAUUUUCUUAAGUUUAAAACAUGUUCAAACAAUACAAAAGAUGUUUCAAAAUCGAGCACUAUUAGUUCGGAAAAAAGUAAGAGAAAGUAAGUAAAAGUAAGUCGGCUAAAUGGGAGCAGAUCUUCGCAUCGAGAUAACUAAAAACUGACAUAAGUUUUCCAGUUCAGAGUACCUCCGGGGAUGAAAAAAAAAACGAAUUUCCCCAAAAUCUUUUUUUUUUCUUGGCUGUUGUGCAAUUUCCAAAUUAGUUGUACAUUAACAUUAUCAUUUUUCUAAACUAUUGGACGACAUAAUUUGAAUUUUAACAUAAACUUUCGUCACUUGUCCACAGUUAUCAGCUUUACUUUGUCUUUACCAAACGUAAGUUAUUUCACAAAAUAUAGUGUUUUCAAAGUUGAUUUUGAAAAUGGUAGUUUAUCAUAUGUUCAUCAAUUAAAAAUUACUUCAGUUUCUUAGAUAUUUGUUCGAAUGAGAUUCAGAUAACUUGUCCACUUAUCGAAUAUAACAUGCGUUAUUUUGACACGCCAUGACACCUCAGCCGUAGAUUAAUAUCUAACUACGUAGUUAAAUGCAAGAUGUGUGUAUGGGAUAAUAUAUGAUAAGAUACGUGUUUGACAACCUGAAACCUGCCAACCUUGGAAAUUCUAUUUUUUUUAAAAUUGUGUUUGGCAUAUUAUUCAUUUUUGAAAAAACGUUAUUCAUCUAUGCAAAAAUCCAACAUGACGACCAUUGAGAAAAAAUAUUGUCGAUUAUUGAUUACAAGAGAUGAAACGUCAUAUUGAAUUUGUAUUUAUGUCACCUUUUAGACGAAAAACAGUGGCAAAGUACUCCGAAUUGCGAAACUUUCCAAGUUCCAUUUUCUUAGUUACGUGAGUGCACAACUUUGCCCCUACUUAUGUUAACUAAAUUUGUAUCUCUUACCGUUUCCAAGAUCCCAAUGAAGAGUCGGUUUUGAAACAUCUGGUAUCGCUAUUGCUACUAGACGUGUUUAGUAAAAAAAAACUUUCUUACCACCUUCAACUGCCUCUGCUGCAAUUAAACUUCUAGUUGGAUUUGAUGGAUAAGUGACACUAUAUUCAACAAAGGGCGUUUCUGAAGCUAAAACAAAAUAUGAUUGGUUCGCCACUUGGUAGGUAUCUGAGAAGUCUGAUGUGUGUGACAUAGAAUGCUAACACCUAGAUCCAGCGUAAUCUAUAUAGUUGUCAGUCAAAUAGGUACCAUAAUAAGUGAAAUAUGUAGGUAUCCAGUAACCUUGACUACAACCUUCAAGGUCAUUUCAAGGUCAACGGAAUUGAAAGAAAAAGGAAAUCUUACGUCCAAAUAUCACCUUAGUCAUUACCUUGAUCAUGGUCUUCAAGGUCAUUCAAAGUUCAUAUCAAGAUAUCGAAAACAAUUUGCUCUACCAAGAAUGUUCGACAGCACAUUGGUGAAGUUUAUGGGGAUCACCCAAACGUAACUUUGACCAUCACUAUGACCAUACUAUUCAAGGUCACGUCAACCUUUCUGAAGGAAAUCUCUCAUUUUUGUACGGGAAAUGAAAAAGCAGGAUAUUUUUUCGUCCGAAUGUGACUUUGACAGCAAUUAACAUUAAAGGUUUAUAAGACCUUGACCUUGAGGUUAAGAUCCAUUUUCAGUGUAAACAUUAGAGGUUCAUUUGGAGAUUUUGAUCUGACGUUGGUCAAGGUCAUAGUUGAGGUCAUAUUUAGGUGAUCCCCACAAAUUUCACAUCUGUGCUGUCGGAACAUUUGUGAUAGAGCAAAUUGUUUUCAACCUCUUGAUUAUAUCUUGAAAUUGUCUUGAAGGAAAUAGUCAUCAUCAUGGUGAUGUUCAGAUUCGUACGUAAAAUUUCACCUUAUUAUCAACUCCGAUGUAAAAAGCGAGAUUUUAUUUAAAAAAGUUAAACUGACCUUGAAAUGGCCUUAAAGGUUGAGGUCAAGGUCAUUGUCCAGGUCACCAUCAUUUUGCCCCUCAAAACCCUGCGAGUUUGAAACUUCUAGGAUACAAAGCUUUCAAAAUAUUUAGGGGAUGACACCCUGUAUUAAUAAUAGUAAAAUAAUAUUUGUAUUGCUUUUAUCACGGACGUAGAUGUAUUGUUGAAGUGUAAGUAAAGCUUGUUGGUAGUUGAAGAAAAGUGAUUUCUGUUGUAUUGUUUGAUGUAUCAUUUAAUUUUCAUUCUAUUAAUACCGUUAUAUUUUUUAUAUAUUUCUUUCGGACAAAUACCUAAAAUACAUUGAUUUGAUCUUUAUGUGCAUUAUUUUCGUACGUUUGAACUUGCAAGACAUGUAUGAUUAAAACUAUCGUCCUAUAAGGUGCUUCUUCAUAUUUAAUUUUUUUUACGACGGAACUAUUGGUAUAAUAUUAUAUAUAUAUAUAUAUAUAUAUAUAUAUAUAUAUAUAUAUAUAUAUUCAUUACGUCAUUUUUGGCUAUCUCAAAAAUUACUAUUAACUUAUAGUUAGAUAUUAUAUGAAAAAUUAUGUGCAAUGAUACCGAUAAUUACUUUGUGGCGAACAGUAAAGAAGUAAAUACUUCUAUGCUAUGCUCAUCCCUAAAAACAUUGGAUUGACUUGGUCAACUGCGCCUUUUGGCUGUACAUCAACACAUGGGCCAUGGUUUUCUCUUUACGCAAUACGUGAAAUAUGCAGGGUGUUCUGAAGGUCGAGACCAUCCUUUUAGAGGGGUUAAUACACGUUGAACCAGAUAUACCUUAGUACAAGGUCGAACGCAAUUUUGCUAGAAAAAUUUCAAAAUCUUGCGAUCUUCAUCCCUUAUUUUUAUCAUUUAUCUUAUGCAUAGUCUCACUAUACAAAUAAUUUCCUAGUUAUUAUGGCAUUUCGAACGAAUUUACGGAAAACUUGGCUUCAGAGCAGCUUAAAAUCAUUGGACAACCUUCCCUCAUUUCUGCUCUUUUUUAUGAUAUAUCAUACAGCCAUAUUUUUCUUCUCAAUUACCCAAAAUGUUAGAUCAAACAGAUUAUCAUCGAAGUUACAAAAACAAGCCACUUUCCGUGAAACAAAGCGAUUUUUCGAUAACUUGGAGACUAUUUGCAUAUGAAAACUAUUCAUCAAGAGAAAUGAUGAAAAUAACAGAACAAAACAGUUGAUUUUCAUUAUUGGAUUGUUUAUCGCAUGAUUUUGGCUUUUUAUGGUAUUCCAUAAGAUUUCGCGUAACUCAAAGACAGUUCAACUUUGUACAAAGGUAUAUGUGGUUCAAUGUGUCUACCCUUGAAAGCAUGGUAUGCACCUUCCGGACGAAUUCUGAGUUGAGUAAGAAUUAUAUUUUCACCACUGUUGAUCUGAUGUUAUUAGAGAUCAGUUAAACUUCGCCUUUUUAUAAUUGUUCAAUUACAAAGGAGUUCAUCGCAUAAUUUGCUAGUCAUUCCAAAAUUGGCCAAGUAUUUUUUUAUGCUUCUAGCUUCACAGUUUUUAUUAGAUUUAGGUACUAAUUUUACUUCAGAAUCUCACUUGUUUGAUAUAAUUUAUAUUCGUUAUUUAUAAUUUUGUUUUGGAACUUGCAAAGAUGAUACGUUUCAAUUGGACUGUGAUUUAUUUUCUCAAAGUUUUUUGCAUUGCUUGACUGUUUAGGUUAUGAUUUAGUGGUGAGAGCUAUUAAAGUAUUUGAUGC